AAGCUGCGAGGUCGAAGGCGGGGCGGGCGGCUGCCAAACCAGCCAAUAGGCGGCUCUCCAGCGGCUGAGCCGAGAGAGGGCAGGGGCGCCGACACUAGCACCAUCGCCUCCCAAGUUUCCCCUUGUGGAUGCAGGGCGCGGGUGGCUCCGCUCCUCCCGGCGCACAGGGCCCCGAAGAGGCCGGAGGAGCGGGCUCGGGACGGGAUUUGUGAGGAAGGGGAGAGGACGGGCGCCCCACCCGCUCGCAGGGUGGGGGGCUCGGUGAACGAUGAAGGGCCGGCGGCGGCGGCGCCGGGAGUACUGCAAGUUUGCGCUGCUGUUGGUGCUCUACACGCUGGUGCUGCUGCUCGUCCCCUCCGUACUGGACGGCGGCCGCGACGGCGACAAGGGCGCGGGGCACUGCCCGGGCCUGCAGCACAGCCUGGGAGUGUGGAGCUUGGAGGCGGCGGCGGCGGAUGAGCGCGAGCAGGGCGCCGAGGGGCGGCCGGCUGCCGCGGGGGGCGCGGGCCCGUCCCCCCAGUCCCUGGGCAACCUCAGCGGCGAUGUCGCGGAGGCGGUGUCUCGCGAGAAGCAGCACAUCUACGUGCAUGCCACCUGGCGCACCGGCUCGUCGUUCUUGGGCGAGCUCUUUAACCAGCACCCGGACGUUUUCUACUUGUACGAGCCCAUGUGGCAUCUAUGGCAGGCGCUGUAUCCGGGCGACGCCGAGAGCCUGCAGGGCGCGCUGCGCGACAUGCUGCGCUCCCUCUUCCGCUGCGACUUCUCGGUGCUGCGGCUGUAUUCGCCGCCCGGGGACCCGGCCGCGCGCGCCCCGGGCGCGGCCAAUCUCACCACGGCCGCCCUCUUCCGCUGGCGGACCAACAAGGUCAUCUGCUCGCCGCCGCUUUGCCCCGGCGCGCCCCGUGCCCGCGCCGAGGUCGGCCUCGUCGAAGAUGCCGCCUGCGAGCGCAGCUGCCCGCCCGUGGCUCUACGCGCCCUGGAGGCCGAGUGCCGCAAGUAUCCGGUGGUGGUCAUCAAGGACGUGCGCCUCCUCGACCUGGGUGUGCUGGUGCCUCUGUUGCGUGACCCCGGCCUCAACCUGAAGGUGGUGCAGCUUUUCCGUGAUCCACGGGCCGUGCACAACUCGCGCCUCAAGUCCAGGCAGGGGCUGCUGCGCGAGAGCAUCCAGGUGCUGCGCACCCGCCAGCGGGGCGACCGCUUCCACCGCGUGCUGCUGGCGCACGGCGUGGGCGCUCGGCCCGGGGGCCAGUCCCGCGCCCUGCCCGCCGCACCGCGCGCCGACUUCUUCCUGACCGGCGCGCUCGAGGUCAUCUGCGAAGCCUGGCUGCGCGAUCUCUUGUUCGCGCGCGGAGCGCCCGCCUGGCUGCGGCGCCGCUACCUGAGGCUGCGCUACGAGGACCUGGUGCGGCAGCCGCGCACCCAGCUGCGCCGCCUGUUGCGCUUCUCCGGGCUGCGCGCGCUCGCCGCCCUCGAAGCCUUCGCGCUCAACAUGACGCGGGGCGCGGCCUACGGCGCAGACAGACCCUUCCACCUGUCGGCGCGCGAUGCCCGCGAGGCCGUGCACGCCUGGAGGGAGCGCCUGAGCCGAGAGCAGGUGCGCCAGGUGGAGGCGGCCUGCGCUCCAGCCAUGCGUCUGCUGGCCUAUCCUCGCAGCGGAGAGGACGACGACCUGGAGCCGCCUGUGGAUGAGGAGAAGCCGCUGGAGACCGAGGCCGACGGCGCCACGUAGCCCCCCGUCGUGCGCCCCCGGGACGGAUCCGGUCCAGAAACAUGACGGCUCUGAUGAGAGUAAUCAAGAACGUGAGUCUGAAGAAGAGGGUGGAGAGAAGUCACAAGUUCCAGAUUCUAAAUCGCUAUUUUGGGCAAGUCCUCGAAGUCCGGCGCUGGACAGAACACCCCCGGGGAAUUCGUCGGCUGCUGUACAUUCUCUCUCCGCCAGCCCCUGGCCACCAGCCGAGGGCACGGAUGUCACCUGUGUUUUGGAGAGUCUCAGUAGUGAUUGCAUUUAAUAAAUAUGAGGGCGGGGCCCCUGGGUGGCUCAGUCAGUUAAGUGUCUGACUUCGGCUUAAGUCUUGAUCCCGUGGUUCGUGGGUUCGAGCUCCACGUCCGGCUCUGUGCGGACAGCUCAGAGCCUGGCGCCUGCUUCGGAUUCUGUGUCUCCCUCUCUCUCUGCCCCUCCCACACUCACAUGCACACUCGCUCACUCUUUCUCAAAAAAUAAACAUUUAAAAAGUUUUCAAAAAUAAAUACAAAGCCAUAUUUUUCUUUCCAUAGGCUAUUUAGGGACAUUUUUAGGAACUCUUUCAGUAUCUCUGUGCUGGGGAAAAGACGGGAGGGGAGGUUGCUUUUCAUUCUGAAAGCUGGGUUUUUAAAAAAUGUUGACUGUUUCGAGACUAAAAUUGUAUAUGCUUUCAGGAAUUUGAAAGUCUGAGAAUACCGGCUGCUGAUGGUUGCCAUUAUGUUCUUACAAAAUUAUUUUCUGUUUUUCUGUGGAAUGUUCCAGCACCUAUCAGUGUCAUAACGUACUGCUGAGUCCAUGCACUUAUCCUUUAGAGGAUCAGUAACGUUUAGGGAAAGAUUUAUGGGCUUAAGCAAGAAACUUAGUACCAGCUCGCUGUAAUAAGUUUUUACCUAUUCAGAUUAAACUUCACGAUUCUUUAGCUUUUGUUUAGGGGUUUUUCUGGUGAUCUUUUACGAAGAAUCUUUUCUAAGGCACUGUUCUCUUACCUUUUUUGUGCCAGUGUUUCAGAAAAUUGCGAACUGGAUUCCUCUGCUUCCACUAAUCCAGUUGUGACAAAAUCUAAUGUGUGAGGUAUGAUACAAAGGGUACAGGAAUCGGGGCACCUGGAUGGCUCAGGUCAUGAUCUCACAGUUUGGUUCACGAGAUCCAGCCCCUCACUGGGCUUGUGCUGUCAGCCUGGAGCCCGCUUUGGAUGCACUGUCCCCACCUCUCUCUCUGCCCGUCCCCUGCGUGCACGCUCUCUCUCUCAAAAAUAAAUUAAAAACUAACAAAGGUUACAGAACUAAAAUAAUGAAACUUGGUAAAACAUUAUAGGAGUGUACUUUAACAUAUUUCAUUAGUUCCCAGUCCCAACGUGACAUUGCUACGUUUUUUCAUGUUUAUUUAUUUGGGGAGACAGACAGAGGCAGAGAAAGAGGGAGAGAGAGAAUCCCAAGCAGGCUCUGUGCUGUUAGUGCAGAACCUGACGCGGGGCUCGAUCUCGUGAACUGUGAGAUCGUGACCUGAGCUGAAAUCAAGAGUUGGGACGCUUAACUGACUCAGCCACCCAGGCGCCCCUCAUUGCUACAUUUGUAAUCGUGCGUAAGUGUUAAGUAUGUGUCUAAGAAAAACGCUACAGUAGGAUGGCUUUACAGGUGACCUUGCAUAGCAAAGGGUGCACACUUUUUACAUUUUGAGAGGUAAAGUUCUUUGAAGUUGCUCUAGUGUUCACUCCCAGCGUUUCUGGGCGUGUCUGUUUCCCAGACUUUCAACAACGUGGAUUUUCCCUAAUUUUUUCAUCUUGGCUAGUGUGAUGGGUGGAAAAACGCUUCCCCCCAGAGCCCGGGCUCUCUCUGAUCCCACAGCGCCUCUCAGACCGUAAAUAAUUGCCUACAUGUCCAGUUGUGGUGACCAGGAUGCCCCGACGAAAUCGCCUUCUUAGCCUCCUGGACUCCACAUGUAUUUGGCAGGUGUCGUUCCCGUGAUCCCUUCUGAAGGACUGGGUACGCUGUGAAAUCAAAAUGAUCAUCUUUAUAUAAAACCAGGCAGACACGUGACCGCCGGCUUAGGACUGGCCUUGUGGUACUGUUGCAGUGGGUUCUACCUAUUGACUUUGAACUUCCACUAUUUCGGGACGCUAUCACUGGGGGGAUUUGGCUGAUUUUAAAUAAGGUUUAACCCGUUGUGCAUGGUCUCGGUGCUCCUGAGAGCCCUCUUUGUUGUCUGGGGCAGCGGGAGGGCACAAAUGCCCCUUUGCAGUUGUUGAGGAAGGAUUCAGAGGGUUUUCAAAGAAGUUUUUUUCAGUCUGGGCAGAGAUUUUCUUCCCAUGAAUACAAAUGUCAUAUAAAUAGUCCGAGCGAUGCUUUUAAAAAACAUUUAUAAGCAGCUGGCUUAAACUUCCUCAGUAUGCCUUUUCUCGGGCUGCUGGCAGCAUGAACAGCCCAGAGAAGACCAGAAACUGAAAAACGCACAACUGGUCUUUUAUGGGUCUGAGUUCCAGCUGACAAAGUGACUUGGAAAUGAACCUCUCUCCAGGCACCUGGGUGGCUCAGUCGGUUAAGUAUCUGGCUCUCAAUUUUGGCUCAGGCCAUUGUCUUGUGGUUUGUGAGUUCGAGCCCUGCGUGGAGCGUGCUUAGGAUUCUCUCUCCCUCUCUCCCUGCCCCUUCCCCACUCCCUCUAAAUAAAGUUUAAAAAAAUUUUUUU